CUUCCUGGGUCGGGUGGCUACAAGAGUUUGUCUUUAUUGUUCCAGGAAAGGAGACCUCUAGGAUGCUGCUCUGAAGAAAGACGCCAAAAAGUACGAGGUGCCUAGAUGGCAACCAAGGCGGGAAGCUAGGGGAGGUAUUAGUGAUCAACCUCCCAGCUUUUAAAAAAGAAAACAUACCUUUUUUUGUGGGCAUACAAUUCUGUCUGGUUAAGGAGCAGAUUAUGCCCUUUCACAGGAGACUUGCUCUUGGAGACUUCUUUUUUAAGGUUCACCAUGCCUGUCUCUGAGAAGUGCAUUUUGUUUAGAUAAAGCAGCUUUGUGAAUAGGAAUGCCUGCCCAAAUAACAGCAUUGGAGAUCAUGGACCAAGAUCGAUUAAUUGAAGAAGUCUUGGAUAAGUUUGUUAAUUGUCAUGAGCAAACAUAUGAAGAAUUUCUGAGCACGUUUACUUAUCUUUCAAAAGAAGAUAAUGUGCCCAAAAGAGGAGCAUCUGGAGCUGAUUCUGCAGGACACAUAUUUAUGUCAAGAAAAUUUACUCAUGAAGAAGAACCAAAUGACCAUCUUAGAAAUAAAACUAUUUUUCUUCAUAAUACAUUGGAAGAGGAACAGAUAGUGUUGGAUGAAGGCCAAAAAGUUGGUACUUUCCUGCAAGGUGAUCUGAAUAGGGCAGGAAAGGUGAAGGUAGACAAUUUCCUAGAUUUAGAAGAUUUGGACAUGGAUGAAGAGAUUAAGCCCCAAAUGAGCAACGAUUUGCUGCUGCUUCCAGGUGAAGUGGAGCAGGACGUAAACACUGAUGGUCCUUCUUAUAUUCCUUCCAUGGCCCGGCCCCUUGGCCCUGAUGUAAAGCCAAGGUCCACUGUAAAAAGAGUCGACAAACAAAUGGAAGAGAUACCUGGAGAUGAAAUUCAGCCCUUCACACUUGAUGAAGAAUUUGAUUAUGACUCCGUAAUGCUAACCCCUAAGUUCACUCCUGCAGAGAUAGAUGCCAUCAAAGAGCUACCCAAGCAACAGAGAAAGAAGACCGACACAGGCUUACAGGAACCCGGUGACUGAUUCACCAAGACAUCUUUGUGUUUACUUGUAUUUUCUUAUUCAAGCAACAUUAGAAUAAAAGAUAUUUUAUUGCAGUCCCUUUUGUGGAAACGUAUGUGUGCAUUGAUUUGUUAGUUAGUUGUCACUAGGGAGAUAUGACUAAGAAGACCAAAGAGAUCUCUACCUUUACAGAAUUCCUUUCUGCCAUGUUGUUGCUGGAGCCCCAUGGCUGAUAGAGGAAGUGCAGGAACAGGAAGCAACUGCUGCAGAAAGUCCACAUUUGUAGCCCCCCACUAUAACUGGGGGUUGUGGAGUAUUUUAGCAGAGAUUAGAAAUAUCACGCCAUCUCCCUGGAGGUGAAGGACAAUUAAUGAUACAUGCAGAGCACAUUGUGUAGCACAUAAGGAAGAACUGAUUUUGGGGGUUGGUCUCUUGGCCCAGCUAGUCAGAGAUAGUGGGAUAACUGUAAAUGCUGACAGGCAAGGCUUCUGGAAUUGACUUAGAAAGGAUAUACUGAAAAAGAUGGCAUCUGAGAAUUGCUUGUGUGUCAUAUAUUAAAUUCUUGUACUAUGUUAUUACCUUUGCCAUGUAUUAGGAUAGUUGUGAAGUAUAAGGAAUCAUUUCUAUGAUCAGAAGCUUUAAAUAUAAUUUGAGAAGGUAAGACAUAGAAAAAACAACUUGAAAUGUAAAUAUGACCAAGUAUUGUGGGGUGUUAAUUGGAUAGAAUACCCAUAAAUGCAUAAAGAGAAGGAGGGGGUAAAGAUGAAGGCACAGAAGAAGGGGAUCAGUAUGUAGGAAGUAUUUUUUUAAUUAAAAGACUCAGUAACAAAUCAAAUGUACUUAGUUUUAAUUGAUGGCCUCUUUGCUUGUACACAUGUGCAUGUGUAUAUAUUUAUAAAGUCACAAUCUUUACCAUAAAAUGCUCUUCAUUUAAUGUUGUGGUUCAAUCAAGUUAUUUCCAUAUUGAUCUUUUCCUUACUCAGUCAACAAACUUUUGUAAGAUGCCAUUUAUGUGCCAGUCCUGAUGCUGGACAAUGACAAGGGUACAAGUAAAUGACAAGUGGUUUGAUUGAGUGGAAAAGAGGGAUGGAUAACAAAUAAUCACAGCAGAGCUGCUCUGUUCAGUAUAAGAGCCGGAAGCUGCACGUGGCUCUUGAGCACUUGAAAUAGAGUU